UAAUCUAUUUUUUUAAAAUUUUAAAUUCCUUAUUAAAAAUUUUAGCUCCGCGCUAAUAGCAGGCCACACCACCGGGUGGCUCGCCUGAAUGCCGAGUCUUUUUCUGCCGUCAACUCAAUGUCGUCGGUCACCUGCAAGAUAAGGCCUCAGCUUGUUGUGUUAGUCUGACAAAUAGCUAAGGAAAAUUGGGACCAUCCUGAAAAUUGGUUUUCACAGUUUGUCCAGGGAUAGUAGUAAAAAAUACAAAGAAUGAUUAUAAGGCAUUCAUUUACAGGGACCUGGAGGCAUCAACGCUGGAAAUGGAGUUUCAGAUUUUGCUCCAACAUGUCUUGCAAUAGUAAUAAUACGCAUCCAUCAAUUGUCUCCACUAACAUUGCAAUUACAGAGUUAGCGAAAAAGGGUUUACUCGAACAAGCACGAAAGCUGUUUGAAAAAAUGCCUCAAAGAUCAAUUGUCUCAUGGAACACCAUGAUUUCUGGUUAUUCCGAAUGGGACAAGUUCAGUGAAGGGUUAAGUUUAGUUUCAUUAAUGCAUAGCAGCUGUAUAAAGCUGAAUGAGUCUACUUUGUCCUCAGUACUAAGUAUUUGUGCUCGAUCACAGUCGCUCAAUCGUGGUAAGGAAGUUCAUGGGCUAGUUUUGAAAUCUGGAUAUCAAAGUUUUCAGCUUGUGGGUAGUGCUUUAUUGUAUCUUUAUUCAACGUGUCAUGAAAUCAAAGAUGCAAGGAUGGUGUUUGAUGUAUUGCAUUGGGAGAAUGAGUUGUUAUGGAGCUUGAUGCUUGUGGGAAAUGUUAAAUGUAACUUGUUAACUGAUGCUUUGGAGAUUUUUAGGAAAAUGCCGACCCGUGAUGUUGUUGCUUGGACCACUUUGAUUUCUGGAUACUCAAAGGUUGAAGGUGGAUGCCAGAAAGCUUUAGAGUUGUUUCGGUCUAUGAGAGAGGAUACUGAGCUUGUCCCAAAUGAAUUUACUCUGGAUUGUGUUUUGAGGGUGUCUGGUCGAUUGGGAUCUUUAUAUGGGGGAAGAGCAAUUCAUGGGUUGGUAGUGAAAUUUGGGUUUGAGUGGGAUCAUUCUGUUUCUGGUGCACUGAUUGAUUUUUAUUGUAAUUGUGAGGUUCUUGAUGAUGCUAUGUUAGUUUAUAGUGCACUAGUUAAUCCUUCCUUGAAUAAUUCAAACUCACUAAUUGGAGGGCUAAUCUUGGCGGGCAGGAUUGAGGAGGCUCGAUAUUUGUUUAACGGAUUGAUCAAGCAGGAUCAUGUUUACAAUUUGAUGAUUAAAGGAUAUGCCAUGGCUGGUCAAGUAGAGGAGUCGAAACAGUUGUUUCUGGAGAUGUCAGAAAGAAAUUUAACUUCCAUCAAUACUAUGAUUUCUGUGUACUCGAGGAAUGGUGAAAUUGGCAAAGCUGUAGAGCUUUUUGAAGAAGUGAAAGUACAGGGAAAUUCUGUUACCUGGAAUUCUAUGAUUUCAGGAUAUACCCAAAAUUAUCAACAUGAGAGUGCGUUAAAGUUGUAUACAACCAUGAGAAGACUAACAAUUAGCCAAACUAGGUCAACAUUUUCUGCCCUGUUUCACGCAUGCUCCUGCCUUGGUUCACUUCAACAAGGUCAAUUGAUUCACGCAGAUUUGAUUAAGACUCCAUUUGAAUCCAAUAACUAUGUUGGGACAGCUGUUGUUGAUAUGUACUCCAAAUGUGGGAGCCUUAAUGAUGCUCAAACAUCCUUUCAUAGCAUUGCAUAUCCUAAUGUAGCAGCAUGGACAGCUCUGAUUAAUGGGUAUGCACAUCAUGGGCUUGGCUCUGAGGCACUUGUACUUUUUCACCAAAUGUUAGAUGAAGGGAUUAGUCCUAAUGCAGCAACCUUUGUCGGUGUCUUAUUGGCUUGUACUUGUGUGGGUUUGGUUGGAGAUGGCACAAGACUUUUCCACGUAAUGCAAGAAUACUAUGGUAUAGCACCUACUCUGGAACACUACACGUGCAUGGUAGAUCUUCUUGGUAGAUCAGGCCAUUUACAUGAAGCUGAGAAGCUUGUUAACAGAAUGACUAUUGAACCAGACUGCAUUAUCUUUGUUGCACUGCUUAAUGCUUGUUGGUUCUGGAUGGACAUGGAAAUUGGAGAGAGGGUGGCAGAAAAACUGUUGUCAUUGGAUCCCAAAUCUACAUCCAGCUGUGUUAUCAUGGCCAAUAUGUAUGCAGGAUUUGGCAGGUGGUGGGAGAAGAUGAGAGUGAGGAAAGCAAUGAAGAAACUGCAGUAUAGAAAGGAUCCUGGAUAUAGUUGGAUUGAACUAAACAACAAGGUUCAAUUUUUCUCCGUUGAUAAUAGAACUCAUCCUUUUUGUGAUACAAUUUACUCAACUUUGGCAAACCUAAAAGCAAAUGUGGACUCCGAAAUUAAUUUUGAUUGUACUUCAAAAUUAUUUGGUGAAAGUAAGUUACUCUCUUAGUUAAUCCUCCUGAUUAUAUUGAUAUGCAUAACAUCUGUGGUGUUUAUUGAAAUUAUUAGUUGUGUCAAAAAAUAAAUGCAACUAGCAUCAUAUAGAUUUCUGCUGAAUCUGUUUGACUUCUUAUGCUUUAAAACUGAUUAUGGAACUCUGGUUUUCUCCAAGGCUUCAUUUCUUUCAUGUCUAAAUCUUGUCUCUGGUGCAUAGAAUGAUAUUUCACCUAGGUGGGUGUGUGAGAUUUGUUAUGUAUAUGCAACGGCUAAUCUUUGAUAUAGGAGGCCUUGAAAAUCAUACCUUGGUUCAAAGGCAGAGAUUGAAGCGUUAGGAGAUGCUUUAUUCUGAGAUAUUGUCAGUUCUUGUUCAUACGCUUCUACACAAUUUUGACAGGUUCUGAGUAUAUAUUCUUUCAUUAUCAUCUGACAGUAUCCAUUCAAAGUGGGUGUACGUUUCAUAUUCCUAAGAAAUAGUAGGAAUAUUAGUUUCUGGAGCUGUAUCCACUUCCCCGGCAUUAUUCUGAUGCUUAUCUGAUCUUCUUUUUGGUAAUUCUGAUGCCUUUUUUGGGGAAAAAGAUCUCGUAUGCUACAUGGUGUUUCCUAAGAAACAGUAGGACUAUUAGUUUUUGGAGAUGCAUCCCCUUUUCUGUGAUAACUCUGAUGCUUUUUCUGGGAAAAGAAAAUCUUUUUUUUUACAUGGGGUUCCUUAUGGUUCAGAUUUGAUCUUCUAUUGAAUUAAUCUAAUAGAAAUGUCCACUAAUAAUGCUUAUCGUGAAUGUAGUAUUCAAUUACUUUCAUAUAUAUUAGACUUCCCUUAAUCGUGACUGAUGAGACGAGAGACAAUUCAAGAUUAUGUACUAAUUGUAUUGUUCCUAUUUGAC